GCAUGUGAAUUUUCUCCAGCAUAGGUACAGGUGGGCUGGUUCUCUAUCACACACACUUACCCAAUCCAGCCUCUACAGCCAGUGGAGUUUGUGUGCAGCCCUGCACUCAGGUGGAAACUUCAAAGCAAGCUACACUUUAACAGCAACAGAGCAGACUGAGGCAGCAUGAACUCGGGUACAGUACAGUAUUCCGGAGUGAAGUGCAGUGACAAAAAUCCUAGUGUGCUUACAGACGACGACUAUUACUCCAAGAAGAAAAGAUACGUGAAAAAAGAUGGGAGCUGUAACAUGGUUGUGCGGCACGUUCCAGAGGAGUGGCUUCUCUGGAUCACUGACAUCUUCACCACCCUGGUGGAGAUCCGCUGGAGGGUCAUGUUCUUGACAUUUGCCCUCUCCUACAUUUUAUCAUGGCUCUUUUUUGGAAUUUUGUUCUGGAUCAUUGCAUUGACCCACGGCGAUAUGAAAGAUCUCAAAAAUGAGCCAUGUGUUUAUGAGGUUCGAAGUUUUACAGCUGCAUUUCUAUUCUCAUUAGAAACCCAGACCACCAUUGGUUAUGGCUUUCGGGGGAUGUCUGAGAACUGCAUGAUCGCCAUCAUUGUAGUUACCAUCCAAGAUGUCAUCAGUGUCUUCAUUGACACUUUUGUCAUCGGCAUCGCAGUCGCCAAGAUGGCAUCUGCCCGUAAGAGAGCCCAAACGGUUGGAUUCAGCAACUGUGCGGUGAUCAGCUUACGUGACAGUCACCUAUGCCUGUCGUGGCGGGUCGGGGACUUCAGAAGGAACCACAUGGUAGAAGGUACAGCUCAUGCACAGCUGGUACGGCACCUGGCACACAGCACAGGAAAAGUUAACGUUACAUACAAAGACCUCAACAUUGAAGAGAACAACAUCCUCCUGGCCACCCCAACAACCAUAGUUCAUAAAAUCAGCCCUGGCAGUCCUCUAUACAAGGUGAGCUUGAAGGACCUGAGGAAGGAGAACUUUGAGCUGGUGGUCUCUUUCACCUAUACUGACGACUGCACAGGCAUCCUUCACCAGACACGCACAUCCUACACUCCAAGUGAGAUUCUGUGGGGCCAGCACUUUCAGGAGAUGAUCAGGGUCACCCGCAGGAACUACAGAGUGGACUACGCCCUGUUCAACCACACAGUUAAAGUCCUGGUCCCAGAAUUAAGCGCAGAGGAGUAUGACCUAAAGAAGUGCUCUCAACAGCCAAAACACAAACCACUCCACAUAAGUUCUCCAACGGCAGCUGUGGAAUUGGUUAAUGGGAAUAGUCUUGAGGCAGAAAAAGCAUCCACCAGCAGUGCUGUCCAAGAACACAAGCUAUAACAGUAGACUUGAUACAUCCUGGCUCUGCUAUAGCAUUUUGAAAUCAGGCUUCCUCAAAGGGUAUCACUAUCGUAAGAAAUAGCCUAGCGCACUUAUAGUUAGAUUUAGACAUAAAGGUGUGCUGUCAGUUAGCAGGAAGAUCUUAAAAAGCCCUUCUAACACAGACAGUAUGCUGGACUAGUACUGGAAUAUCACAUUAAAGCCCUGUAGGCACUUUGGCUUUGAUGAGAAUCCAGUUAGAGCACUAAAUUCAAAAUAAUAUAAAAGUUUUGUUUAAUUAGUAUUUUAUUUAUAUAUAUAUAUAUAUCUGUGGCAUUAAGCAGUCUUGCACAAACUCAGUAUCACUUUAUACCACUUUAUCACUGAUGUCACAGAUUUGAUGGACAUUACAGUCUCUUCUUACAUGACCUUGAAGGUUCUUUGAUAUCCCGAGAUGUAAAAAAGGUCCUCCUUGAUUAAAUUAUGAACCCAAACCUUCAACCUACAUAAGAGGCAAUGGAUCAAUUAUAAUGACAGUGACGUUAACCGGACCAAACUGUGGUCAGUCAGUGUGUCUCUUUGGCAUUAGCUGAGUAAGUGCAGAACACUGUUCCACCUUAUUUUGCAGAGUGGUUAACCUUUCCGUCCAAACAACUAAUAAAAUCUUUUGGAAACAGA